CUGAAAACGUGCAAACGUUUCAGGGCGAGGAGACCGCGGUGGACCGCAGUGAACGUGGUUUUACUGCAGCAGAUCCAGGGAGAGGAGCCUGUUUGUAUUCCUCGGCAGGUGCAAGACAAUGGAGGUGAAAAUCGAACAGCAGGACGAAGACAUCACAUUCAGCAACACUGACACUAAUAGUAAACGCCCAGCUGAGGACAUGGAUGAGGAGCAGGCCUUCAAACGUUCGCGGAACACAGACGAGAUGGUGGAGCUGCGUGUACUGCUUCAGAGCAAAAACGCUGGUGCUGUUAUUGGAAAGGGUGGAAAAAACAUAAAAGCCCUACGCACGGACUACAAUGCCAGUGUAUCAGUCCCAGACAGCAGUGGCCCAGAGCGGAUCCUGAGUGUGAAUGCCAGCAUCGACACUAUUGGAGAGAUUCUGCUGAAAAUCAUACCGACUCUAGAGGAGUACCAGCAUUACAGUGGGAUUGAUUUUGACUGUGAGCUUCGCCUGCUGAUCCAUCAGAGCUUGGCAGGGGGCAUCAUUGGGGUGAAAGGUGCCAAGAUAAAGGAGCUGAGAGAGAACACUCAGACCACCAUCAAGUUGUUCCAGGAGUGCUGCCCACACUCCACCGACAGAGUCGUCUUGGUGGGAGGAAAGCCAGAACGUGUCAUUGAAUGUAUAAAAGUGAUCCUGGAGCUGGUGUCAGAGGCGCCAAUCAAAGGUCGUGCCCAGCCUUAUGACCCAAAUUUCUACGAUGAGACAUACGACUAUGGAGGUUUCACCAUGUUAUUUGAGGAGAGAGGCAGACGACCCAUUGGGGGUUUCCCCAUUCGUGUGCGUGGGGGCUUUGAGCGAAUGCCCCCAAUUCGUGGCAACAGACCCAUGCCUCCCUCCAGAAGGGACUACGAUGACAUGAGCCCCCGCCGGGGUCCUCCACCACCGCUGAGCAGAGGUGGACGAGGCGGCAGUCGUGCACGUAACCUGCCUCUUCCCCCGCCUCCGCCACCAAGAGGAGGAUCAUAUAAACCAAACCACAGGGGAGACAGGUUCUCACAUGGCAGCUACCACGGCAGCAUGGACGACAGACCAAGUGACAGAAGAGGAAGAGGAGACCGUUAUGACAGCAUGAGUGGAGGCGGAUAUGACAACAAUUCUUCCUGGGAUCACUUUCAAUCUGGUGGCAGAGGGUCAUACAGUGACAUAGGAGGCCCUGUCAUCACAACACAAGUCACCAUCCCUAAAGAUCUGGCUGGUUCUAUCAUUGGUAAGGGCGGCCAGAGGAUCAAGCAGAUCCGCCACGAGUCUGGGGCAUCCAUCAAGAUUGAUGAACCACUAGAGGGCUCUGAGGACCGCAUCAUCACCAUCACAGGAACACAGGACCAGAUCCAGAACGCCCAGUACCUGCUGCAGAACAGCGUGAGGCAGUACUCUGGUCGGUUCUUCUAAGAAGAAGGAAUUGAAGAAGAAGAGUGAAGCCAUGCUGCCAUACUGUUUGCUCCGUCUAUUCAGAGCCUACAUUCCUCUGCUUUGGGUAGAUGUGCCCACUCCCCUCACUGUCACACACUACACCACCUAUCUAUACAUUGCUAAUUUUAUUUAGAGGAGUUUUGAAAAAUCUUAAGCUGUCAAACAGCAAACAAGGAGUCAACAACAUAUUCCGUGCAGGUGUAAUUAUUUUCUGGGAGAUUCUUGUGCCGUCAUUGGAGUAAACUCAUCUGUGUGAUAACUUUCUGUGUUGUGAGCCACCCCUGGCCCUUAUCUCCCUCAUUUCAGUACAGCAUGCAGAAUGUAAUCUUUUUUUUAAGGAACAUGAUGUGAUU